ACAGGUGACAGUAUAACUAUCAUAUUCCCAUAACCUGUUACCCUCUCUCUUAAAAUAACCUUGUGGAGCAGAUCCAUUUUUGCAUAUAUAAUGGUCUUUUGUUAGUCAUAAAUCUCGUGUCUUUAGAGUUUAUCUUUAUCCUCGAAGCGUAUCAGGCUCCAAGAGCUGCACAAUUCCCGAUCUUCAAGGGCCUCUGGGAUUUGGGUUGAAUUGAAUUUGUCCUAGAUCCUGGUAUUUGAACCUUUGAAGUUCAGAUCUACGUAAUCUGCUUUGUCAGCAGGAGUUUAAAACAUGUCAAGCAAGAAGGAAGAGAAAGGUCAAGCUGCAGCUGAAAGGAUUAAGGCUGCGGCAUUGACUGCUGCAAAAGGUCUCAGUCGUGCUCAGGCUGAACGGGCAGCUGCGGCUGCAGCUCGAAAUGUCAAUGCUUACGGGCAGAAGGAAGAAGGGCCUAGCAGAUGGCAGGAGAAAAGGGAGGCAAAGAGGCAAAUGUAUUUGAUGAGUACUGAAAAGGCGGUGAGAUUAGGUGAAAGAAAAGACCUCAAAUCUUCAAUGUCUACUGUUGGUGGCACAGCUUCACAGUGCCAGAAAUGUUUCCAAUCAGGGCACUGGACAUAUGAAUGCAAGAAUGAACGGGUGUACAUGUCACGACCCUCAAGGACCCAGCAGCUAAAGAACCCCAAAUUGAGGAUGAAACUGUCAAUCUCUUAUGAUCUGGAUAACCCCGAUGUAAAGGAUGAGAACAAUGAGAGGCAAUCCAAGAAGAGUAAAAGAAAGCAUCGCUCAGAUUCUGAUUCUGGUAGUGAUAGUGAGGCUUCAGUUUUCGAGACUGAUAGUGGUUCAUCAUCUGUGACAGAAUCAGAUUCUUCUUCAGAGAGUAGUACAGAUUACAGUUCAUCUGAUUCUGAGGAGGAGAGGAGGCAGAGGAGGAAGAAGAAGAAGCAGAAGAAGGGAAGGAGCAGAAGGGCAAGGUACAGCUCCUCUUCCGAGUCCUCUGAUUCGGACUUAGCUUCAGAUUCUGAUUCUGAUGAUAGGCAUAGCCGGAGGAAGAGUAGGAAGCAUAGCAAAAGGCGUUGAAGGAAAGAUGAAUCUUGGAGGCAUCCUCGACAUUGGGUUAGUGCGUUCUAAAUCAAGGACUUGCUAGACUUCUAUGCUUUCUUUAUUAAGUUAAUUCAUCUGUUACCGUGGAGCUUGUGGUAUUAGGCAUGUUGGAGAUUAGGCCUUUUAGAAAUAAGCUUUCUAGAUAGUCUCUUAUUUCCUUUCUUUGGGGUGUUGAAUUCAAUCCAAUAACUCAGAGUUUUACUAGUUGUAUUUUAAUAUUGACUCAACUUGGAGCAUCUUAAGUUUGCUUAUGCAAGUAAAUUGAGUUCAGUUUGUGAAAUCAUGUUGUUGUGGCUUCUUGCAUCUGCUUGGUACUUGGAGAAUCAUCCAUCUUUCUAUGGAAUAUGUCAUAAGAGCUCCUCAACCAAGCAUCUAGCCCCUUUCUACCAAAGCAGAAAAUGGCAGUGCUAUUACUUCUCCAAUAUUAAAUUCUGUCUGGAUAUUUCCCUUGAUGGAUGCCUUCUUUUUUUUCUCCGAGUUCUAAGACAUUAUGUUGUUAAAUAGAAGGGGAAAUAGCAGUAGAAAAUGCCAGGAGCGUGUGCUAGUCCUGUCUUCAAUGGUGCGCUUUCUUUGUACUUUCCAUCGCUUUGCACUUGGUAUCCGUUUGAUUUGACUCAUCACUUCUUUUGUUGCCUUUCCGCCUUAAUUUGUCGCAGAUUUGAACCUUGAC